AGAAAUUCCACGUCGCUGCUUGUAGGACAGCUGGGAGAGAGAGAGAGAGAGAGACGCAGCGCGCUCUCUCAGGCUCUCAGGCUCAGGGGGAUAAAAGCAGGAGAGCGCCUACCGGCUGGAGACGAGCCGCGGAACAGCGACCACUCGACCCCGCAGGAGGUUGGAUGCGACGGAGGCUGGACGGUGAGCGGACAGCGGCUCCUGACUUCAUGAUUCAAUGGACCUGAUUAAACUUGGGAUUUACAUGCAUUCUGGGUGAUCCGAUCAUAAAUGGACAGCGCUAAGUACAGUAGGUGAAUUGUGGACGUCCUGUAUGUGCGAGUGCUCACUCUGAGUGUGCACAGCAGGGCUACGUUGCUUGGACGCAGAGGGGAAGGAUUUCCCUGUAUUAUGUCCACCAUGAACUGGAAAAGAAGAUUCACGCUCUGUGAAUGUGCGGUGAUGGUGCUGCUGCUGGGUCACAUGACCUCUGCCUUAGAAGUGCCUCUGGACUCUAAAGUUCUGGAAGGAUUGCCACAGCCUCCCACUAUAACCCACCAAUCCCCUAAGGAUUACAUCAUCGACCCACGAGAGAAUAUUGUCAUCCACUGUGAAGCAAAAGGGAACCCGCAUCCCAGCUUUUCGUGGACGCGCAAUGGCACUCAUUUCGAUGUGGAAAAGGACCAUAAGGUGAUCACCAGGUCCAACUCAGGCACGCUGGUGAUAGACAUCAGUGAGGAGAAGGCUGAGGCGUAUGAGGGCGUGUAUCAGUGCAUGGCGCGAAAUGAACACGGCACUGCAGUGUCCAACAACAUCGUCAUACGACAGUCCAAGUCCCCCUUGUGGUCGAAGGAAAGAAAUGAGCCUAUCACAGUACAGGUGGGCGUGUCGCUGAUUUUGCACUGCAGACCUCCGGCUGGCCUCCCCCCACCAAUCAUAUUCUGGAUGGACAACAAUUUCCAGCGGCUGCCUCAGAACAGUCGUGUGUCUCAGGCGCUGAAUGGGGACCUGUACUUCUCUAAUGUGCUGGCGGAGGACACCAGAAACGACUAUAUCUGCUACGCCCGCUUCCCACACACUCAGACCAUCCAGCAGAAGCAGCCCAUCACAGUCAACGUGCUGAACGUUGAUGCAAUGAAUGAGACAGUCUUGGCAGCUUAUUUGAAUGACACUGAUUUUUUGGGUGAUCGUCCAGCAGGAGAGCGGAAACCCUCCUUUAUGUACCCAUCAGGGGACAGCAGCACCGUUUCGGUCCUGAGAGGAGAAACUCUAGAGCUGGAGUGCUUCGCUGAUGGUCUGCCGACCCCAGAAAUCUCCUGGACUAAAGCGAACGGGGACCUGCCCAAUGACCGCUUUUCCUUCCAUAACUUCCAGAAGACACUGAAGAUCACUGAGGUGAUGGAGGCGGAUGGAGGAGACUACCACUGCUUGGCCAGGAAUCGCUUAGGCAAUGCUCAGCACAUCAUCACUGUGGUGGUCAAAGCGGCUCCAUUUUGGAUCAGCGCUCCCCGCAACCUCGUCCUUGCCCCCAAAGAGAUGGGCAUGCUCAUCUGCCAUGUGGGGGGCAACCCCAAACCCACCAUCACCUGGCUGGUCAAUGGUGUCCCCAUUGAGAAUUCACACAAAGAUCCUAGUCGGAAAAUAGAGGACAACACCAUUAUCCUGAGUGAUGUGCAGACCGGCUCUAGUGCUGUCUACCAGUGCAAUGCAUCUAAUGAGUUCGGCUACCUGUUGGCCAAUGCCUUUGUCAAUGUGCUUGCUGAACCUCCGAGGGUGCUGACACCUCCAAACUACGUGUACCAGGUCAUCUCCAAUCGCCAAGCCAUGCUGGAUUGUGCCUCUUUUGGGUCACCCAUACCAAAGAUCACUUGGUUUAAAGACGGCCAGACGGCUAUAGUGAAUGGUGAUUCCUAUAUCCUGCACGAAAACGGAACUUUACAGAUAAACGUAGCACAGCCGCUGAACAGCGGAAAAUAUACCUGCGUGGCGACCAACAGCCUGGGCAACAGAGAAAAUCACGUAUAUCUGGAAGUGAAAGAGCCCACACGGAUCCUGAAGCAGCCUGAGUAUAAAAAGGUGCAGAGGAGCAGCAAAGCUGUGUUUGAGUGUAAGGUGAAGCAUGAUCCCACACUUAUCCCUACCAUGACCUGGCUCAAAGACAACGGGGAACUGCCUGAUGAUGAGCGGUUUGUGGUGGACUCAGACAGUCUGACGAUAAAUGAUGUGACGCAGGAGGACGAAGGCACGUACACGUGCAUCAUGAACACCACUCUGGACCAGGACUCAGCCAGCGCCACCCUCACUGUAGUCGAAGCCACUGCAGCUCCACCUAUAAUCUACGAGCGUCCAGACCCGCCCAGAGACCUGGAGCUGACUGACCAGAAGGAGCGAAGUGUUCAGCUGACCUGGACCCCCGGAGACGAACAUAACAGCCCUGUUCAGUCGUUUCUAAUCCAGUACGAGGACUCUCUCCAUGAGCAAGAUGUGUGGAAUAAUAUGACCGAGGUACCAGGUACGAGCACCACAGCUCACCUGGAUCUCUCCCCAUAUGUGUACUACUCCUUCAGGGUGUUGGCACUCAACGAUGUGGGCCUGAGCGAAGCUAGUAUCCCUUCCAACCAGUAUCGCACCAACCCUGCCUCGCCUGAUGAAAAUCCUUCUGAUGUUGAGGGGACUGGAACUGAACCAGACAAUAUGGUGAUAUCUUGGAAUGAGAUGACAGGGCUGCAGUCUAAUGGUCCUGGGCUUCAGUAUAAGGUGAGCUGGAGACAGAAGGAUACAGAUGAAGACUGGAUGUCCAUCAUUGUGGCUAACGUCUCGGAGUAUGUAGUGACAGGGACACCCACCUUUGUCCCAUAUGAGGUGACGGUGCAGGCCAUUAAUGAUUAUGGGUCCGGCCCCAAACCAGAGGUGGUGCUUGGAUAUUCAGGAGAAGACCGCCCAACGAUGGCUCCAGAGAGUGUGAAGGUGCUUGUGCAGAACAGCACGGUGGCUGAGGUUCACUGGGAGCCCAUUCCUCCUUCUACAGUCAAAGGGAAAAUGUUGGGAUACAAGGUGAGCUACUGGAAGGAGAAGAGUUUGCAGAAAGAGGAUUCCAAGCCAGAAAAGCCACAGGAGCUCACUUUCAGUGGGAAUGAGACAGAGGGCCGUCUCCCUGACCUGCAACCCUAUAGCCAGUACAGCAUCAAUGUCAGGGCCUUCAAUGGGAAGGGUGAUGGACCUCCCAGUACAAACCAGAAAUUCGAGACACCUGAGGGAGUGCCUGGACCCCCGACUUUCCUCAGAAUCACAAAUCCAAAUCUGGAGUCGUUCACAGUGGAGUGGGGCCCUCCCGUGGAUGAUAACGGUCGCAUCACUGGCUACAUUCUCAAAUACCAGCCCAUUAAUAACACAGAGGAGCUGAAAGAGAUGACCCUCCUGGCUAACGAGACCAGUGUCAUUCUUGAAAAUCUCAAGUACAGCACGCGCUACAAGUUCUACCUUAACGCCAUGACAAUCAAGGGCUCGGGGCCUAUUGUGACGACAGCGAUCACAAUCAUGGAUGAAGCGUUAAUACGGCAGCCCGCAGUAGAGGCGGGUAAAGGCACAGAAUCCCCUUCACAUCCAAUCUCCCCUGUCACACAGUCUGUGCAGCCCCCAUUUUACAAGGCGCGUCCAGUCGGCCCAGUGUUCGGGAGCGUGAACUUUUCCCUGGAGGAAGACCAUGCCAUACUAAACUGGGAGUACACAGGGGACGAAAACAAUGUAUAUGUGGAAUAUAUGUUAGACAACAGUAAAGAAGCCUGGAAAAGGGAGGCUGUAAAUGGCUCCCGGACGUAUCAGUUAAAGAGCCUAAAGGCGGGCAUGACCUAUAGGGUGCGCGUGGUGGCCAAAGACCACGGAGAUGCAACGGUCCACAGCACGGAGGAGCUGCUGAUUGCGGUUCCAGCUAUGACCAGCAGGCAGGUUGAUAUAGCUACUCAAGGUUGGUUCAUCGGUCUAAUGUGUGCCAUCGCUUUGUUGAUCCUGGUCCUCCUCAUCGUGUGCUUCAUCAAGAGGAACAAAGGAGGCAAAUAUCCUGUGAAAGAAAAGGAAGAGGCUCAUCAGGACCCAGAGAUCCAGCCCAUGAAAGAGGACGAUGGCACAUUUGGAGAAUACAGGUCCUUGGAGAGUGACACGGAGGAUCACAAGCCCCUGAAGGGCAGCCGGACCCCCUCCAACGGCACGGUGAAGAAGGAUGACAGCGAUGACAGCCUGGUGGACUACGGCGAGGGAGGCGACGGGCAGUUCAACGAGGAUGGCUCCUUCAUCGGCCAGUACAGUGGCAAGAAGGAGAAGGACACGGCCGAGGGCAACGAAAGCUCAGAGGCUCCGUCUCCCGUCAAUGCUAUGAACUCCUUCGUGUAAAGGGCCCCUGUGACCUUCGCCCCCUGCCGACACCCGCCCCCAAUCUCGUCACACUUCUUUCAUCUGGAGAGCAGACUGUCCCUACUUCACUGUGACCCUCCUGACAUCACAUGGCCACAAUAAACAAAGCAUCCCACUCAUAACCAUGAGAGAGAGCAAGAGCGAGAGAGAAAGAGAGAGAGAAAGAUGUAGGGAGGGAAAGCAAUACACACAGGAGGAAUGUACCGUAACUAGCAGACCAGCCCUGGUCUCCUCGGCUAGCCAGAGCGAACGCAGGAGGACUUUGAUGUGAUAACUGCUGUAUUAUCUUUUUGCAAACGUAUAUAUGGAAUAUAUAGAAAUUAUAUACACAUAUAUAAGAAUUCUAUUUUCUGAACAUGGGUCUGUUUGCAGUCAGUAGGCAUUGAAUCCCGCCAUCUCGCCCCUGCUCCCUGCCCCCUGCCCCCUGCCCGUGCUAUGGACUCACUGCAUGGACUCAAUGCUACCACACACCCCACCUGCUCCGUGAAUCAGUGGAUCAGCGUGAGCUGGCGUUUGAGAAGCUUUGGACCAAUGUCUGGUGGACGCUCACGCUUUGCAUCACAGCUGCCUUCUUCAGUUCCCUCGUCAAAAGUGUUGAAACCGGUAUUAUUCACGCUAAAAGGCACCAAUGUCUUCGUGGACAUUGUUGUGGAACAUGUGACUCCGUGUUAAAGUUAUUUUUAUUUGACGUCUUUUGUGCCAGGCAAGAGCUGCAGCAAAAGAUUACGAACUGGACGCCAGAGAAGUGGGGUAGAAAACUCUUGACACACAUACAGACAUGCUUUCAAUGCUCACACUGUCCCGAAUUCUCUUAGACCAUAACUACGUCUGUUUUUUAGUUCUUCUGAGGGUUUUUUUUUUCUUUUUUUGCACUUGCCAUUUUGUAGAUGUUACAUUAGUUUGCAUUGGAUAACUCUCUCUCUUUUUUGCUGUUGCACUACUGAAGGAGAAACUUCAAGGAUGGUUGUGUUUCACCCAUUACUGUCACUGCUGGCACUCAUCAUUAUGGAGUAAAGCCCCUAUUGGUCCAAAACACAGUGGCUGCUGGUAUUAUGGCCUUCUGUGUAGGUCAGUGGGUGUAAAGCUGGGUGCUUUACGUAGUCUUAAGCACGGUUCCUCAGUGCCUUGGUAGAAGACAAGUGUUCUGUGGUUAAACGACGACCACUAAACCCUCCUCAGCCAAUCCAUUCAGAGCGCUUGGUUUUCUCACAGCCUUGCAGAUAGCUCUGCGGUUGAGAAGGGCGAGGAGCUUGCAGAGCCCAGCAAGGACUAACCACCCAGUCAUCAGAUUCGCACAACUGCUAUACGAGAUGAUGUCAAACAUCUUCUGUCACCAGGUGCGCUGCAGUAUCCGCCCAGCACGUGUGCUGGUUUUCUAUUUAUAGGUGACUCAUGGUCCAAGGAUUGCAGAAAGACCUGGCUUAGUCGGCAAAUGUGCAUCUUAUCCUAACAAACACCAGCUCUGACAAAGAAGGUCAAAUUGAAGUGUUUCAGAACCUACAAGUGUGUCUGAGUGAGCUCUAGCUAGCUUCUUUAAGUAGCAGCAAAGGCGGAGAAACCCAUUUAAAUGAACCAUCAGGCGACUCCUACAUAAACUGCUGUGUAGCCUUUCGACAGGUUAGAUAAAAAUCAUUGCACUGCAAAAAAUAGUUCCAUGCCAAGUGAAAUGAUCCAAAUCUAGUUGAGAUGUCUAACAUUUCCAUUGUUGUAAGAUUGUUGUACGCUUAUUAUAGGAUUAUUUAACUUAUUUCUGGAUUUUUUCCUUGUUUAAGUGAUUUAAGUCAGAUUCUCUUAUCCUAUUGGCAGAUAAUUGUGUUUGUUUCAAGCAUAUUUCUCAAAAUAAGGUAAAGUAUCUGCCAAUAUAGUGAGAUAAUUUGACUGAUUAAAAUCACCUUAUUGACCAGGGUAUAUUUUGUGUUCAUCUGAAUGCACAUGACCAAAUCGUAAGGCAAAUUAUUCAGUAACUGUAUGAAAUAAAUGUAUUUUUAUUUAUUUAUUUGUUUAUUUAUUGUAAAAGCUGCCCUCAAAUUAACCAAACGUGUUUUAUGAUCAUACACGUGUUGCUAUAUACUUACAGUUUACCGCUGAAAGCCAAAAAUCUUUGACGCUCUUCGUAUUAUUUCAUAAAAAUAAUGUUUACAGAGCAGAUCCCUGAUAAGACACCACCUGCUUAUAGUUUGUAGCCCAGAUUUGUGGAAAAAUGGGUGGACCUUCAGUAGAAAAAAGAACGGGUGAGUUCAGCGUCUUCUAUUAUAAAGUUUAAAAAUGACAUCACCCAUCAAUUCGACUGAAAAGAAGACAGUCACAGCUCUCAUAUGAAAUAUCAAAGUUAUGAACAAGUACGUUUUGGAUACACUGGUGGUCUCAAGGAGUUGAAGAGGUUAAAACAAAUGGAAAAUGUCUGGAAAUAAGUUAAAUAAUCCUGAAAUAAGCUUAGUAUUUAUAAUAAAUCUAUUCCUAUACCCUCUUCCUCAGUUCUAUCUGUCAGUCAGACGUUUUAGAGCUCUCUCCCCUCCUUCACUCAUGAAGUCUCUUCUCAUUCUACCACCUUAUUUUGAAAUCACAGCUGCUACAUGAGCCGAGCGGAUACUAGAGCGCACCAACUGAGUCAUCUCACACCACAGGGAGGGGCUGUACAUUAUACAGAGAAGCAGCUAAAACUACUGCCAAUCUUCUCUUGCAGGUAAACUGCCAUAGUUACUGACCAGAAGCAGGUGGUCCUUCACACUGGGGACGAAUGGGGGAUGUUAUAAUAAAUAAGGAAUGUGGAGCUUGCAGUAACCUGUUGUUAGUAAUCUCAGUGUAUGUGGGAAUGAGUAGGAGAAAGAAAACAAACACCCUUUUCACACAUAACCAUGUUUUUUAUUGCAUGUUAAUGAGUAUUGCAAGCUGUCGAGUCGUAGUGCAAUGGAAAGCUCACAAAACACACAGUGCGCAGUGCUGCUGUCAUCGAGUGUGGUUGGAAUGUGUGUGCAUGAGUGUUUGAGUGUGAGUGUGUUUGUAUGUGUAUUUAUGUGAACAUGCAUGUACAGAUGUGCAUGUUUGUGUAUGUGAGAGUGUGUGUGUGUGUGUGUUAAUAGACCUCAGUUCUAGAAAAGUUGGAACAG